ACCGCCCCGCUUCCUUUAAAAUGGUCCAAGGGGGGGUGAGUAUCCAUCAGAAUUUGGUCCUCGGACUGCGCCACUCCAGACCAGCCGCCCAGGAAGGGACAAACAGAGAGGAGAACCAGAAGAUGGGGCAAGUGGUCUACCUUGGACUCUGCCUGUUGGGCUGCCUGAUCCUUAACCCUUUGGCGGAAGGUGCCGCCAAUCGCAACCAGAGCGCUCGCGCUCACUGCCCUUCAGGAGCCAUCUUCUACAGAAAGUACUGCUACCAGUAUUUUAGCUCCAGCCUCUCAUGGAAUGAUGCCGAGAUCAGCUGCCAGAGGAGACAGGGGUCCCAGCUGGCCUCCAUUCUUUCUGCAAGGGAAGCAAAUGUGGUUUACAGUUACCUGCGACAAUAUGGCUCCAGCAACGUCUGGAUCGGCCUGGUAGCUGACCGUGGUACUUCGAAUAUGAUCUGGGAAUGGAGCGAUGGAUCUGUCUUCUCUCAACCCCUCUGGGACGGCCGGAGCAUCAGCCACUCAAUCUCUUCAUACGAAUGUGUCUCUCUUUCUUAUUCAGGUUCCCAGAAAUGGAUCCAGCGUUCCUGUAUGACUUCCUUGCCAUUCCUUUGCAAAUACAAGGCCACCUAUUAGGCCUGAAACCCUGGGCCUGAGAGAAACACCCAAAGACCUCCAGCUUCCCAACAGGUCCAAGGCCAGCCCGCUUUCAUAACUACUCUGUCCACCUGCAGGAAAUCUAUUCCCUCCCCUCCUCUAUUGGCCUGGAGCAGAAAAAACAAGAGGGGCUUCCCCAAGUAAAUCCAGUUUGGACUCUUGAUUCCACUAAGACCUAGCCAAAUCCAGAGCCUGAGGCUGUGAGCAACAGUACAUCCCCCCCAACUGGGAAGUUUGCCCCAUGAGAUGUGAAACCUGUCUCCCUUUUCUGCAAAGAGAUGAGAUGCUUUUGUGGACUGGUUAGCUGAGUAAACAAAGCUUUCCUUGUGCUUUGCAAAGUGAUGGGGCCAAAUUUGGAACCCCCUUUCCCAGACCACAUCAUGGAAAUGCAAACCUUUGCAAGCUGUCUGCUCUUUCUCUCUCUGGCCAGCUCCCAUCUUCCUCCGUAGUGACAAUAAACCUCCUUCUGUGCAUGCAA